CACUGUCUGUAAGGGGCGGGAAGAAGCAGUCACAUGAUCUAAUGCCCUCAAAGAAGCCAAUACAUUCUAGGCUUUAGCACAAAAUCAAACAUGGAGGACGCAGAGUCUAUAACAACCAAGGAAAUAAAGGCAUCGUUUAAAGAAGUUGGAGAGCAGCCAGUGAAAGUGGAGGAGCAGGAGACAACCCAGGAAAGUCCUGCAGUAGUGCUGACAGGAGAAGCAUCAGAUCCUCUUAAUGCUAAGAAAGUCAAGUUGGACGUAAAGGAGAAAAGAGAGAAAAAACAGAAAGUGGAUGAGGAUGAAAUUCAGAAAAUGCAAAUUUUAGUGUCCUCCUUCUCAGAAGAACAGCUUAAUCGCUAUGAAAUGUAUCGACGCUCUGCAUUCCCUAAAGCUGCAAUUAAGAGGCUGAUUCAGUCCAUUACUGGAUGUUCUGUCUCCCAGAAUGUUGUCAUUGCUAUGUCUGGUAUAGCCAAAGUUUUUGUAGGAGAGGUUGUAGAAGAAGCUCUGGAUGUUUGUGAAAAGUGGGGUGAAAGCCCACCAUUACAGCCGCGGCACAUGAGGGAAGCACUCAGACGACUCAGAUCUAAGGAGCAGAUCCCAGAUUCUAAAUACAAGAGGAUCUUGUUCAGCUAGUAUUGUAUGACCAUUGUCAUGACUUGUAUAUGUUGCUAUGAAACGUGUUUUGAAGUAUUCCAUUCUUUUCAUACACUGUUUAUUUCUGUUUUCCCUUUAUAUUAUUGGGUAAUUUUCACACUUUUUAGUCAGUAUUUUUCAUCAGUGUUUGUCAGCCAAAACAAGGAGUGGAACCUAUUGAAAAACAUAUAUUGAAAAUAUUUACACCUAUUUCGUGUUUUGGAUCCACUCCUAGUCUUAACAUACAAAUACUGAUGCAACAUAUUGUCAUAUGAAAAUGGACUUGGGUCAUUAUGUCGAGUGUCAGUAUUGCCCUUAUUUGUUUUAUAUUGUCACCCUUAGGGCAUUAAAAGGGUUGUCCAACCCUUUUUAUGAUAGUCUGUGCAGUUCUCUAUAUUUCAUAAACCAUGCCCCCUUGCUAGGCAAAAUGUCUGUGCUGUCCACAUAUAGGUCCUGUCCAUAAGAUGGCCGCUUAAGGAGGGUUCUGUGACCAAACAUCGCUCAGCCUCCUCCAUUGAAACACACUGCACCUUCACUUAGCUCCCAACAGUACAAGUGCAGAUGGAAGGAGCAGUGUAUUUUAACAGAAGAGACAUCAAAUGGAGGUGAUUUGCCUGGUCACAUGACCCUCCAUCAGCAAUGGACAAGACCUCUGUGUGGACAGCACAAAAGACUUUGCAAACAAGGGGGAAACCUUACGAAAUAUUAAAAAAAAUGGUGCAGAAUUUCCACAAAGGCAAUAUUAAUAAGUGUCAUAUAACCAUCCUACACAUUGGUCAUCUGUAACCAAAAAGUGGCCAACCCCUUUAAGGUUGGAAAAAGACAACAAAAGUCCAUCAAGUCCAACCUGCAAUCAUGCUGUAUUGAUCCAGGGGAAGACAAAUAAAAAAAAAAUGAAAAAACCCUAUGGGGG